UGCCUUCACGAGUUCUCCUCCCGAAACCUGCGCGAGGCGGCCACUGAAGCGCGAGGCAAUUCCCCCCCUCUCCCCUACACUUCAGUCAACAUGGCUACAGUUGUAACCUCGACCAGAUUCACAGACGAAUAUCAGCUGUACGAGGAACUCGGAAAGGGUGCCUUCUCGGUUGUUCGCCGAUGCGUCAAGAAGUCCACCGGCCAGGAGUAUGCUGCUAAAAUUAUCAACACAAAAAAGCUCUCAGCCAGAGAUCACCAGAAAUUGGAGCGGGAGGCUAGAAUUUGUCGUCUGCUGAAACAUCCGAACAUAGUACGACUCCAUGACAGCAUCUCAGAGGAAGGCUUCCAUUAUCUUGUCUUUGACCUCGUCACUGGAGGAGAACUGUUUGAGGACAUUGUCGCUAGAGAGUAUUACAGCGAAGCAGAUGCCAGCCACUGCAUCAAUCAGAUCCUGGAGAGCGUCAGUCACAUCCACCAGCAUGACAUUGUGCACAGGGACCUCAAGCCAGAGAAUCUGCUCCUUGCCAGUAAGAUGAAGGGAGCAGCGGUGAAACUCGCAGACUUUGGUCUCGCCAUCGAGGUGCAGGGGGACCAACAGGCAUGGUUUGGUUUUGCAGGAACCCCAGGAUACCUGUCCCCAGAGGUGUUGAGAAAGGACCCUUACGGCAAGCCAGUGGACAUUUGGGCGUGUGGUGUGAUCCUAUACAUCUUGUUGGUGGGCUACCCUCCCUUCUGGGAUGAGGACCAACACAAACUGUACCAACAAAUCAAGGCUGGUGCCUAUGACUUUCCUUCCCCAGAGUGGGACACAGUGACCCCCGAGGCCAAGAAUCUGAUCAAUCAGAUGUUAACGAUUAACCCUGCCAAAAGGAUCACUGCCGACCAGGCCAUCAAGCAUCCCUGGGUCUGCCAACGCUCCACUGUGGCCUCUAUGAUGCACCGUCAAGAGACUGUGGAGUGUCUGCGCAAGUUCAACGCCAGGAGGAAACUUAAAGGAGCUAUCCUCACAACGAUGCUGGUGUCCAGGAACUUUUCAGUGGGACGGCAGCAUACCAGCCCUGCCGCUACCACCAGCACGGCCGCAAUGGCACAGGACGCGUGCAAAACCUUACUAAACAAAAAGUCGGACGGUGUCAAGUCGCAGGGAAACAACAGUAAUAACAGUGUAGUAAGCAGCAGCAGCACCAAAGACAGCAGCAUGUCAUCUUCAGCACCAAUGGAAGCCCAGACUACUGUUGUACACAACCCAGCUGACGGCACCAAGGGCUCCACAGAGAGCUGCAAUAACACAGAAGAGGAGGAGAUGAAAGGUAGGAAAGUGGCUGCCUGUGAGUCCACUGCUUCAGACAGUGCAGUGUUCAGUGAGUGCAGCACCACUGAGGAACAGACCCAGACGCUGUCUCCUCACUGCCCACCACCCACCUCUGGUCCCCUGCAGGAGGCUGCUAGCAGCCCCAGUGUCCCUCAGACCAGUCCGGCUCAGAGCUCCUGUCCUGAACCAGAGUCCGCUCUGUCGCCCCCUGCAGGCAGCAGCCGUAACCUGCAGCAGACUCGUAAACAGGAGAUAAUAAAGAUGACGGAGCAGCUGAUUGAAGCCAUCAACAACGGGGAUUUUGAGGCUUACACGAGAAUCUGUGACCCUGGACUGACUUCUUUUGAGCCCGAGGCUCUUGGAAACCUGGUGGAGGGCAUGGACUUCCACAAGUUCUACUUUGAGAAUCUGCUGAGUAAAAACAGCAAGCCAGUGCACACCACCAUCCUCAACCCCCACGUCCAUCUGAUCGGCGAGGACGCCGCCUGCAUCGCCUACAUCCGCCUGACGCAGUACAUGGACGGCCAGGGCCGGCCGCGCUCCUGCCAGUCGGAGGAGACGCGUGUGUGGCACCGCCGCGACGCCAAAUGGCUCAACGUGCACUUCCACUGCUCAGGAGCGCCGGCUGCACCGCUGCAGUGAACUGACAACACAGGCCCAGCUUUGCCUGAACUCUAAAGCUGUUUGGAGCAUUUAUUCUCCGUGGUCGGAUCGGUGCCUGGAUCCUGGCCGUGAAGAGGCUGCUUGGAAAGUUGUAAAAACAAAAAUCUGGGGGAAAAAUACAUUAUCAAUUUAAAAAAUAUAUAUUAAAAAAAAAAAAAUCAUAUUUCAAAAGCUUGACUGAAUGACCGACCACACCGACCAACACCAAUCCAGUCCUACUCUAGCUAGGUGACGUUGAGGCCCGGCUGACUGGGGCCCUUCUUGCAGGUGGUGCAUGUUUCUGGUGGCGACACGGGUGAUGCUGUCCUGGUCCUUGUCUCCCAUGGCCUUUAUUUCCCCGUCUCCGUUUUGUCUGCUGUCUGGAAAAGUAUUAAACCUGUUAAAAAUACAUAUAGAAACAGAAAAACAAGUACACUUCACACAAACACAUCGUGAAUAAAACUGGGGUGGCAAGUAUAGUAUCUGGAAAAAUGUGAUUUUUGUUUUUGUCUUGAGAGAGCAGCAGAACGUCUACUUUAAUAGAAGUAUUGUUUAUGUGGGUUGGGUUUAUGGAAAUGAGAGAAUAUCGAUGUAAUAUCAGAAUUUAACAUCCUUUUUUUAAGUGUCAGGUUUGAGCAUCUGUACACAUUCUUUUUAAGGGGUUUAGGUGUUGUGAUUGGUUACUGAAGGGACCUUUUUAUUUUUAUUCAUUUUUGUAUUAUGUGUUAUUAAGCCGUUUUUACCUGAAUGAUGUAUUUUAAAGUAUCUUGUGUUGAAAAAGGAUCAUUUUUAAUUGCAAAAAGGGGGAUUUUAUUUAACAGAACUGUGUAUAAGUAGAUAUUUAUAUCGGAGUUGAGGGGAAACGUGAUUUACUUUUAGGGUGAAGGGAGGGGAGUUUAGCAUGAAAGGGUGUUUUUUUUUCUGCUGUGGAGGUCCUGAGGUGUAAAUACAAACACAUAUUCACACACCAUGCAUGCACACACAAGGUCCCUGCGCUCCAGCCUUUAGGGUUGAGCCUCUCUUGAGCUUUAGACCCCAACGUUGAGGCCAGGUCAUCCUGAAGUUGCAGAAGGCUCACUGAGAGACGGUCAAAGUCUAAAGCUCCUCACAUCUCUGAACUACCUAAUCUGAAAGCACGGACAAACUCCCACCCAACCUUUUUAUCUAUUUUUGUGUAUUUUUGAUGUGAAGCAUGAAUUUCAACUAUCUAAUGGCCUGUACUGUUUUUUGCACAGACACUUACGACUCGAUGCUGUUGUGCUCGCUCUUUUAAAAAGGGAGUGAACCUUUCUGCAACUUCAGGUUACGUUCGCCAAAACCCUCCCCGUCCGCCCUACCUCUGCCCUCCUACUUCCAUCAUUCCAGCCUCCAACACGCCCCAUUACUGUCUGAGUAGCACCACCGCCGCCGUGUGAUGAUGAUGUCACCCUUAUGCCUGUCUCUUGUUCUGACUGUGUUCUUAAACAGUGUGUGUGUGUGUGUGUUGUCCGUCUUGGCUUGCUGUACUUCUGUGUGAAGUCCUGGAACUUUAAAAAAAGCAUGUUAAAAAGGGAAUGCAGCCUAGGGAUUGGACGGACGAAAAAAAAAAGGCAUGAUGGGAAGAGGGCUAUGUGGGUUGGAGGGCUGUGGGGCCUUCGCUCAUGGCAAUCAAUGGACUUGGUCCCUUUUGUCACAGUUUUUGUUGUAAAUGUUGUAGCCGUUAGUGUUUUGAUGUUGAUAUUUCUAUCAAUUUUAGCCAAAAGUUUAAAAAAAAUUAGGGGUUGAAAUAAAUGGAGGCUGCCACAACCCUUUUUGUACUGUCCCCGUCCCCCCCACACACACACCGGACGCUGAAACCUUGAGACAAAAAACACCUAACUGUAUUGGAACUCACAACAUCAUAAGCACAUAAUUCUCCCUUUAACGAGGACAAACAUAUUCCUGUGUCAGUGGUGAAACUUUGCAGCACUGUUUUUUCACUGUGUCGUAUAAACUUUGUGAGUGUGUGACUUUGUACCAGCGGAGGGGUGGUGUUCCGUCUCUGUGCUACGCUGCUCCAUAGUAACUCAUGCUCUACUUAAGCUGUCGCUGGUGGUCACGAUGACGCUUUAACCAUCACAUAAUGUGUCUUUGUGCAAAUGCUGACACAGUCGAGCAGAUUUAGGGGAAAAAAAAACCGUUGUGAAUCUUACGUGAGACCCGUCCUACUGUAUCAACCGCCUGUGCUUCUUGUGACAUAUCGGACAUGAAAACUGUGUCUCCCUCCUCCCCCCAACACACACACUUUUUGCACCAUGAGGACGACGUUGUAAAACUGAAACUAUGUGAUGUUUUUUUAUGGCUCUAAGUAGAUCUGUUUGUGCUGUGGGCUCUGGCCCAGUUGUUUGUUGGUGUCACCAAUCCGAUAAGAUGCUUUUCUUUCAUUGUGUGUCAUGGGGAUGUUUAAAUGGAAGAUGCAGUCAUUUAAAAGAAGGGAAACUGAUCUGUUAGAACAACCAACUGCAUUGUCAGUUUGCCGAAGUAUUUAGACAGUUGGAUCAGGUUGAAAUUCUUAUUUUUGAUCGAUCAAUAUGAAGCCAGAAUCUAUCAUCAUUGCAGGAGAAGCACAGAUGUAAACAAUAACAUUACAGUAACAGGAUCCGGGUAUUUAUCUCUAUUAUGGCCUUCUGGGGAUACUUAAGGGACAGUUCAAAUUUACUGAAGUGGAACUGUAUAAAUGUAUCCAUAGAUUGCGGUCAGCAUGUCCCCAGUUUGGAGAAGCAGGCAGGAGUACCGAUACAGAAGCUAAGCACUGUACAACUGUGGACUGUGUGGACAAAACCAACCCAUAUCAGUGUUUGCUAUAUUUAGAAUAAUUUCACCACUUUACCUUGCUGUUAGACAUUUCUUUCUAAUUGGGAACUGAAGGCGUUAUGUUCAUAUAUGCUCUCUUCAAAGCCACCAGACUCCAUUGACAAAAACAGUAAUUUCACCUUGCAGAACACAGGAGUUGCUGCAGUCUAUUGCUGCCUCGAACAGUUAGUUUGUGAGUGUUAGUGUGUGACUUUCAUGUUUUACAGUUUACCAAUGACUCUGCGAUCUGUGAGGUAAAAUUAUGUUGUCAAAGGAGUCUGGUGGCCUAAAAGAGAACAUGGAUAACAGCUUCAGUUCUUCAUUGGAAAGAGCUGACUGAAAGCAAUGUGAAGCAGUAAAAAUAUUCUAAAUACAGUAAGUUAAACUGUGCUGUAUCUUCACUUCUUAAAACUGGGGGCAUGCUGUUUAAGUACUUCUUUCAAACCCCACUUCAAUAAAGUCAAACAAUCACACAGCCAUCCUUAAUAUUAGUUACACUAGUGCUUUUCUUGCCGUGAAAAUAGACAGAAUUGGCAGAUUUCGCCCCCAGUCUUUAGAAUAAGCAGCUGGUGCAGAGAGCCCACUCACACUUUGAACUCUUUUAAAGUUAUACAACAGUGAUUCUCCAUCUUAGAUCUGCAGCUGAGAGUAGAUAUGUCAUGAAUUUAACUGUAAGUGACUUUUUCUUUGACUUGGGUAAUUUGAGGCCUGGAUAGGUUAAGCCAACAUAAAUUUCACAAUUAAAAAAACAAGAUGUGUGUUCCUCUUCUAUUAAAAGGUCCAAGGCAUUAAACUGGAUGAAUGCUUGCAAGUAAAUAUGGAUGCAAACACUUUUCCGACUUAAAAAAAAAUUUGCAAAGCACAUUUUAUUUUAGAGAAGGAUCCUUAAGGAUACAAAUUAUGCAUUUUCGUAACAAUAACCUUGGUAACCUUGGCACCUUUAAUCACCUGAGAUUUAUCUAGUGGCCCCUCUGAAGGGCUCUGACCGCGGGUUGGGAACCACUGUUGUAUUUUUUUCGCCAUCUACGGAAAUGUACUGCAUUCACUUAAAUGUUUUAGCUCAUUUUUUGAAUUAAUGAAAUAAUUAUCUUCUAAGAAAAGGGUUAAUUGGAAGAAAAAUAUUGUCCCGUUUUUUUUUAUCAAUUGAGAUAAUUAUCCCAUGAAUUCAGUAAAACUCGGAUAAUUAUCUCAAUUUCUAAAGUGAAUGUAUUACACUAACCCUAAUUGUGAAAUAUAAUUAGUCAAUGAUACUGAAGGUUUAGAUUUAAAUACCUGAAUUUAAAAUUGAAUCAAAAAUAAUUCCCAUAUAUUUAUUAUUAAUGCAUUUUUCCAUGCAGUUUUAAAUAUAUAUAAUCAGAUAAAUAAAUUAAUAUAUUUGUGUUUUCACGAUGAUCAUCUACAUUAUAGUUUGGGAUCUUAAUUUCAGCGGUCCAAUUUUGUACAUUUUUCAUCUUGAAAUUGCACAACUUCAAUUAAUUAUACAUAUUAUUCUUUUACAAUUUUAAGCUGUCACUUCAAAACAAAAAUGUAAUGCUAUAAAUGAAUUGGUAUUUAAAUUUCAACAUCAAUAUUUAGUGGUAAUUUCAUGUCACAAUUAGGGGUUCAUUUGCUACUUAAAUUUUAAUGACAUGGCCGUCCUUUUCUUCCAUCGUGUACUACAGUAACAUUGUUAAUACGACAGGGUAUCGACUUCUGAGUCUCACUGAUGUAAAUAGGAUAUGUGACCAAAUAUAAACUUACCUUUACACAGAGAAACUUUGGGCUGAUCGCAGCUACGACCUGCAACAGAACGAGAAAUCACAGCAGGUUUCAAUGUCGUUUUGCUUAGUAUACAUUUUUGUAAACUCCAUAGUUAAUACUUUGGCAAGUGUCUAAUAUAUGUGAGAUUAAUAAAACAGAACCUGACUGAACGGAGGGGAAGAAAUAUUUAAAAAGGGAUAAUUAAAAACCACAAAGUUAAACAGCAACACUAUAUAUGCAGUUCUACAGAUGGAAGAAAUAUGCAUGUCUACUUUCUGGUAAUUUUUCACUGUUUACUUGAUAAAGAAGAAAUGGAAAUCUGUGUUACUUGCAUCCUCAAGGUUAUGAAACGGCUCCAUCUGAGAUAUCGAAAAACUAAGCGAUGUUAUCUCACAUUAAAUGAUUAGCAGAAGCCUUAGCUUGUAUGUAAGUACAUUUAUUGCAUUGUAACCUUGUACUAAAGGGGCUACAUGUGUCUAUACUCUGAGUUUCAAUUGGAUGCUGGAUUUUUUUGCAUGACCAUACAGUUAAUAAACAUACAUUUAAAACUA